CGUUUAAACAUUCCUUGUAAUGUCUUAUUAUAUUAUUCUUUGUCGCGAAUUCUAAAUAAAGAUUAGUUUAUUCCAAUGAAAAGCUUUCUAAUGCAUGCGUAAAGGACGUCCUACAACGUAAUAAGCUAGCAAUGAAAUGAUUUCAGUAAAUUUCUGCGACGCAAGCGACCUACAGCUGAUAAGGAUUUGACCCGAUGACGUUCCGGCUGUCUAUGACAUUCUGAUAUAACAAAACAUCUGGUGGAUCGACAGCAGCCAACAGUUUCGAAGUGACGACCCAAGAUGAAAGAACAGUGGAAGAAGCUUGAUACCGAUGCUAAGCUAUUGGUAAACGUGGAGGAGGGCAGAACGCUACCAAUCAAGAUCGAACUUCCCUUGUCAGCGUUUUCACAAGACAAAGAUGACUUCUGUAAAAGAUUAUUCGUCACGUUCAGGGUAUUUGUUUUGUUAGCCCUUCUAGUUCUCCUCAGCUGGACGGCUAUGGUAGUAUACACUAAUUAUCGGGUCAAAUCGACAGUUGUGAUUCGAGAUGAAUCAAUACCUACGCUCUUUGACGAAGAAAACAAAAUAACAUUCAAAAACAAGGUGUGGGAAGACGAUAUCAAAAAUGCGGUCGCAACCGAUGUUCCUAUUGGUGGGGGAGUUCAAGAAGAAAUGAUGAAAAAAUCAGCAAUUCUCAAACCAGAAUACGUUUCUACAGCUUAUGGAUUCGAAGAUAACUCGGUAAAAGUAGAUCCUUCUCUUAAACCUGAGUCAGUACCUGCAGAACCAGAGCAAGUAUUCAUAAAUGAUUUGCUGCAAGAUUGGCAGGAAUUAGUUGAGAAAAUGCAAAAGAAAGAAAAUGUAUCAGAGAAUAUAGUCAGAGAGAAAAAUGAAUUCACUAAGAUUCAAGAUGAGAAAUAUGAGGAAGAAGCUAUUUCUCAUUCAUCUUUUCUAGACUAUUUAGUUGAUCCGAUGUUCAUAAAUCAACUUGGACAAAAUUCACAAGAGUCAGCCGAGCAAACGCAAAAUGAGAAAAACGAGGAAGACUCUGAAUCGAUACCUAUUCAAAAGUGGCUGGACAUCUUAGGAAUCGAGCAUUUGCUCACUGACGGUGAAGAAAAUAUCGAUAUGCAAACUGGUGUUCGCGAAUUCACCGACGAUUCCGAGGAAGCAACUAAAGAGGAUGUCGACAAAAUUCUAUUGCAGAUGGCCGAAGAAAAUCAGGGUGCACUAGACCAAUUUUUUAAACAAGUUGUAGAUGCAAUCAGCAAAACCCAAGAAGAUUUAAUUGCAGAACAAGUCAGUGCUGAAUCCGUUAAACAGAAAAUAGAAUCUGAUGAAAAAAUAAGCGAAAAUAGUCAAGCUAGCACUGAGUACCAAAAUCUGAUUAACUCUGAAAAGCCAGAAGAUGACGGUGAAAAGUCUGCAUCCGAAGAAAUAAAUGAUGACCACAGCGUUGAAGAAAAGUUUUUGAUCGGUUUCUCAGAUUCAAAGAUUUUUGAAGAUUCAACAGUUGUGCCUGCAGCUGAAGAAUCUACCAAUCAAAGUUUGGAAGAAUUAAAUAAAACGGGUGAAGAAGAUGCCCAGUCUACCGAAGCGCCUUUUCAUGGUGUAAUUCAAAAAGACAUCUACUUGUUGAUGGCUAGACGCAUAGAAGCGAUGUUGGGCGAAUAUGAUGAUCUUCUUAUUUGGUACUUCAAACAUCGAGAUGAACCUGAACCAUUGGACGAUGACAGUCAGCUGAAAUAUUUUACAGCUAGAUUACUUUUUGGCAAGGAUAUCACUGAAUUUAGAAAAUACUCUAUCUUCGUAGUAAGCUUUUUAAUGAAUGAUGACUAUACGAGGGAUUUUAGCAGACUUGUCGAUCAAUCACAACCAAAACUGCAGACAGAAUCAAAGACACAAGUCCAGAUCGUUAAUAGGUUGGUAACAAAAUCGCAUAUGCGUGAUUUGUAUAAUCAAGGCGAUGAAAACACAGUCGAAAUAGCAGAUGCUAUCAAAAGUAUAAACUUGCUAGAAUUAAGGCUGAGUGGUAUCGAUGUAGAUGCAUUUCUUAACAGUUUAGAAGAAAACAAGGACAUUGAGGAACCUACGAGAGAAGAAAAUUCGUCUGAAGAAAAUACCGAUGAUAUCGAGAAACGGCAUCGAGACAUUAUCGAGGCCAUGAGACGAAUAGCACAUUUCGACGAUAUAUAUUCCCAACAGUCUAGUAUUGAAGACAGUAGCGAGUCUAAAAACGAUGACUCGCAAGAGUUGAAAGACAAUACAAGCACCGCGUCCUUUGCAGAUACUACGGUUCAAGAACCCUCUGAAGAAAUAGACACUCGUCGACAGGCUUUUAUCCAGGCGCUGCAGCGCAUAGUCAAUAUCCCAGAGUCUAAAGAAUCGGGCGAAGAGACUGAUAAGAACAACAGCCGAUCGGAAAAAGAAAACAAAGAGCAGUCUUCUUCGGAGACGAUCAUUAACGAAUCAGAAGCAAUUCCAUCCUGGAAAGAAGAAUCUAUGAUAGAAGAAGUAAAAUCAGAGUCAGUUAAGGAAUACACUGAAGAAGCUGCUGAGCGACGACAAGCUUUCAUAAAAGCAUUGCAGCGUAUCGCCGAUAUCACUGAGGCUGAAAAAUCUAGAAAAGAAGACGAAGAGACCAGUGAUCAAUCGAUAAAGGAAGAUGAGACAGAAUCUUCUGCCGAGAUGAUUAAAAGAUCUGAAGAGAUUCCAUCAUGGAAUUUCGUAUCAUCUCUUCAGUCCAUCAGUGAAGAAGAACCUAUUGCAGAAGAAGUAAAAUCCGAUGAACAGUCUGAGGUAGGUAUGACAGAGGACGAACUAACGAAGCGACUGCAUUCACUCAUGGAAGACGUGCUUAACAGUAAUGAAGAGUCCAAGGAGUCAGUAAACAUGAACGAUUUCCUUACUGUUUACGAUGGAUUUGAUUAUUAGAAAUUGUAAAUUCAAAUCUAUACCUUUUCGUACAAUAAACUAAAUAAAAAGAGAAAUACUUUUUUAAAUAUACUACGUGUAUAAUCCUGUGUAUGAUAUUAGAUAAAUUUGAACGUUAUUUGUAGCAAUUAUUUAUUUAUAACACUGUCAGCGCGCGUUGAUACGACUGCAUUACUCUAUAGCAAAAACAAAGAUGUUGUGAAAGUGAACAAUUAUAUUGUGAUGAUUCGUUAACUUACUUGUAACUUUAUUUAAAUAAAUGAUAUAAAAUUUUUUAAAUAAUA